UUAUGGAAAAAAGCAGGGGACAAAGGAUGUUUUCUACUGCUUUUCAUGGGAGGAUGUGCAAUCUCAUAGUGCAAUAAAAAGUUUGAGUGCAAGGUUAAACCUCAAUGGAGCUUCACAGUCUAGAGUGUAAAACCCUAUUGGUAAUUUCUAUUCCCUCUGCUUUAGUCUGGAUAUCCUUGGGGAGUGUCAGUGCAUUUUUGAGGUCUCAGAGAUCUCUAAACUCCAAUUAAAUUUCUUUGCAUCCUUUCAAUUGGUUCUAGUGACAUGAUUGGUUUUAUGUCUUUUUUUGAAGCUGGAGGGGACCUUCUAGGCUUCUGCCUCAUCUGAAAGUGAGGCCAUUUUCUCAGAAUUUCUCCCAGAACUUCUUAACUGAGGUCCAUGGUCUAGACCAGCCAAAACACCAUCAAUCUCAUCAAAACCAUUUCUUUUCUGACACUCUGUGAGUAAAUAUUCAAAAGAUCCAAUGCUGAUAUCUUCAGGGAGAAGUAAGGUAUGUUUCAAACUAGUGUCCCUACUUUCUCCUUCCAAAACCAUUGUAGGAUCCUAAGGGACUGAGAAAAGUGAAGAGCAGUUAGUUAGAAGGUAUUAUUUAAUAGCUCUUGUUAGGUCGAGCUCUGAAAACUUCCUAUGGAGAGAGAUCCAAGUUUCCCUUUUUGAAUUUCAUUUAGUUUUGUUCAGUGAGCAACUCAGAUAUGCUGUUUUCUUCUUACCAAAAUGGUACCAUGGCUUUUGGUCCUCACUCUAUUAGAGUCAGGUACAAGAAAGACUCUGAAUCUAGAGUCUCACUACUUGCUAGGAGAUGGACUAGAAGGGCAUCUCUAAAGUCCUAUUCUAGAGAAAUGAUUUUCUCUCUUUUAAAAAGAGUGUCUUAAAAAUGGUUACAGAAAAUAAUGAGUCACUUUUUCUUUGUGGAAGCCAUAUUAGACUCAAUGGGACAGGGGAUGGAUUCUGAGCAGUAGUAUGUUAGUAUAAUUUAAACAAUCAUCUAAAAAAGUACACAGGACACACUUUAAGAUUUAAACUGUAUUACUAACACUUUCUCCAUCAUUUUAUUAAGUCUAGACAACCAACAAGAGAAUGAAUCAAGUCUUGAAUUCUAGCACUUGCCCAUUUGUGAUAUGUUAAUGUUCACACUGAAAAUUUAACAUUCAGUUCUGGUAAGCUGGUUUAAGCUGACUAGCAAAAACCCAGUUCCAAGAUUGAUUUCCCUUCUUGUCAAUGAACAAUAAAUAGGGAGAGAAAUAGGCAGCCCUCUAAUGUGAUUCUUUUCUCCUCCACAGAUUCUUCUAUAAGGAGAAUGGACAUAGGAAAUCACUCCUCAGUGUCAGAGUUUCUCCUUGUUGGUUUAACUGACCAACCAGAGCUCCAGCUCCCCCUCUUCUUCCUGUUCCUUGGGAUCUAUGUGAUCACUGUGCUGGGGAACCUAGGCUUGAUCAUUUUGAUUAGUCUUGAUUCUCAUCUUCAUACCCCCAUGUACUAUUUCCUCUUCAAUCUGUCCUUUGUAGAUCUCUGUUACUCCUCAUCUAUUAUCCCUAAGAUGCUUGUGAAUUUCGUGUCAGAGAAAAAUAUCAUCUCCUAUUCAGGAUGUAUGGCUCAGUUAUAUUUCUUCUGUUUCUUUGUAGUUUCAGAGUCUUUCCUUCUCUCAGCCAUGGCAUAUGAUCGUUAUGUUGCUAUCUGUAAGCCACUGCUUUACAACAUCACCAUGUCUUAUCAGGUGUGCUCCUUGCUGGCAUUUAGUGCCUAUGUGAUGGGGUUUUCUGGUGCCAUGCCUCACACAGGAAGCAUGCUGAGACUGUCCUUUUGCAGCAACAACAUCAUCAACCACUAUAUGUGUGACAUACUUCCUCUCCUGGAGCUCUCCUGCACCAGUACCUAUGUCAACGAAUUAGUUGUUUUCAUUUUGGUGGGCAUUGACAUUGGAGUCCCCAGUAUCACCAUCUUUAUCUCUUAUGCUUUAAUACUCUCUAGCAUCUUCCAUAUCAACUCCACAGAGGGCAGGUCCAAGGCUUUCAGCACCUGCAGCUCCCAUAUAAUUGCUGUUUCUCUUUUCUUUGGAUCUGGGGCUUUCAUGUACCUCAAACCGUCUUCUCUUCUAUCCAUGAGCCAAGGAAAAGUGUCCUCUGUGUUCUACACCAUUGUGGUGCCCAUGCUGAAUCCUCUGAUUUAUAGCCUAAGGAACAAGGAUGUCAAAUUGGCCAUGAGGAAAAUCCUGAGUAGAAGAAUAUUCUGAACAAUAUCAGGAUUAGUGUCAACAAGUGGACUAAAGGUUCUGUUUUCUUUACUGAAAGUCCUUUGUGGAGACUUCUUAACCCAAAUGAUUUCCUUUAUAAAGGAAGGAAGGAAACAUCAACCUCUUCUCUCAAAAAGGUCCAUCUCUGACUUUAAAUUAAUAAUACAAUAGC